GAGUGGGCCGGGUCGCCGACCAGAGGACGGUGCGUGUGAGUGAGUGUGUAAGCGUGACUCUUCUGGGCGCUGGUUGCGGGGUGUGCGGCACCAAGUCUCCGCCGACGCGCGCCGGGGCCAGGGCCGGCCGGGGCGGGGCCGGAGAAUGAGCGCGCGCGCGCGUCCGGGUCUGGGCCCUGCCCGGGAUGACGACAGGCGGCAGCCCGGCCCCCGGCGGGCCCUGGGCGGGGAGAGCGUGCCAGGGCCGCGGACUCCCGAACCAACCACGCCACCCAGCCCGGCCCCCACCCGCGCGCCCGAAGAGCCUAGCCGGCCCUGGGCAGUGACGGUGUGCGGGUGACCAUGGAGAGUGCGCUGACCGCCCGCGACCGGGUGGGGGUGCAGGAUUUUGUGCUGCUGGAGAACUUCACCAGUGAGGCAGCCUUCAUUGAGAACCUGCGUCGGCGCUUCCGCGAGAAUCUCAUUUACACCUACAUUGGCCCCGUCCUGGUCUCCGUCAACCCGUACCGGGACCUUCAGAUCUACAGCCGGCAGCACAUGGAGCGGUAUCGUGGUGUCAGCUUCUAUGAAGUGCCACCCCACCUGUUUGCAGUGGCCGACACUGUGUACCGGGCACUGCGCACCGAACGCCGAGACCAGGCUGUGAUGAUCUCGGGAGAGAGCGGGGCAGGCAAGACAGAGGCCACCAAGCGGCUGCUGCAGUUCUAUGCCGAAACCUGCCCGGCCCCCGAGCGGGGCGGCGCCGUGCGUGACCGGCUGCUGCAGAGCAACCCCGUGCUGGAGGCCUUCGGAAACGCCAGGACCCUCCGGAACGAUAACUCCAGCCGGUUUGGGAAGUACAUGGAUGUGCAGUUUGACUUCAAGGGGUCCCCUGUGGGUGGCCACAUCCUCAGCUACCUCCUGGAGAAGUCCCGAGUAGUGCACCAGAAUCACGGCGAGAGGAACUUCCACAUCUUCUACCAACUGCUGGAGGGGGGUGAGGAGGAGACGCUGCGCAGGCUGGGCUUGGAACGCAACCCCCAGAGCUACCUAUAUCUGGUGAAGGGCCAGUGUGCCAAAGUCUCCUCCAUCAAUGACAAGAGUGACUGGAAGGUUGUCAGGAAGGCUCUGACGGUCAUUGACUUCACUGAGGACGAAGCGGAGGACCUGCUGAGCAUCGUGGCCAGUGUCCUGCAUUUGGGCAACAUCCACUUUGCUGCUGAUGAGGAGAGCAACGCCCAGGUCACCACCGAGAACCAGCUCAAGUAUCUGACCCGGCUCCUCGGCGUGGGAGGCUCAAUGCUGCGGGAGGCCCUGACCCACAGGAAGAUCAUUGCCAAGGGAGAAGAGCUCCUGAGCCCGCUGAACCUGGAGCAGGCCGCAUACGCGCGAGACGCCCUUGCCAAGGCUGUCUACAGUCGCACUUUUACCUGGCUGGUCGGGAAGAUCAACAGGUCGCUGGCCUCCAAGGAUGUGGACAGCCCCAGCUGGCGGAGCACCACGGUCCUUGGGCUCCUGGACAUUUAUGGCUUCGAGGUGUUUCAGCACAACAGCUUUGAGCAAUUCUGCAUCAAUUACUGCAAUGAAAAGCUGCAGCAGCUCUUCAUCGAGCUCACCCUUAAGUCAGAACAGGAGGAAUAUGAGGCAGAAGGCAUCGCGUGGGAGCCUGUCCAGUACUUCAACAACAAGAUCAUCUGUGACCUGGUGGAGGAGAAGUUCAAGGGCAUCAUCUCCAUUUUGGAUGAGGAGUGUCUGCGUCCUGGGGAGGCCACGGAUCUGACCUUCCUGGAGAAGCUGGAGGACACAGUCAAGCACCAUCCGCACUUUCUGACGCACAAGCUGGCCGACCAGCGAACGAGGAAAUCUCUGGGCCGUGGCGAUUUCCGCCUUCUGCACUAUGCUGGGGAGGUGACCUACAACGUGGCUGGGUUUCUGGAUAAGAACAAUGAUCUUCUUUUCCGCAACCUCAAGGAGACAAUGUGCAGCUCGGAGAAUCCCAUUAUGAGCCAGUGCUUCAACCAGAGUGAGCUCAGCGACAAGAAGAGGCCAGAGACGGUGGCCACCCAGUUCAAGAUGAGCCUCCUGCAGCUGGUGGAGAUCCUGAAGUCCAAAGAACCUGCCUACGUCCGCUGCAUCAAACCCAACGACUCCAAACAGCCCGGCCGCUUUGACGAGGUGCUGAUUCGGCACCAGGUGAAGUACCUGGGGCUGAUGGAGAACCUGCGUGUGCGCAGAGCCGGUUUUGCCUAUCGCCGCAAAUACGAGGCUUUCCUGCAGAGGUACAAAUCACUGUGCCCAGAGACAUGGCCCACGUGGCCAGGGCGGCCCCAGGAGGGGGUGGCUGUGCUGGUCAGACACCUCGGCUACAAACCAGAGGAGUACAAGAUGGGCCGGACCAAGAUCUUUAUCCGCUUCCCCAAGACCCUGUUUGCCACGGAGGAUGCCCUGGAGAUCCGGCGGCAGAGCCUGGCCACGAAGAUCCAGGCCACCUGGAGAGGCUUUCACUGGCGGCAGAAAUUCCUCCGGGUGAAGCGAUCAGCCAUCUGCAUCCAGUCAUGGUGGCGUGGAACACUGGGCCGGAGGAAGGCAGCCAAGAGGAAGUGGGCUGCAGAGACGAUCCGGCGGCUCAUACGUGGCUUCAUCCUACGCCACGCACCCCGUUGCCCCGAGAACGCCUUCUUCCUAGACCACGUGCGCACCUCUUUUUUGCUCAAUCUGCGGCGGCAGUUGCCCCGAAAUGUCCUGGACACCUCCUGGCCCACGCCCCCGCCUGCCCUGCAUGAGGCCUCGGAGCUCCUGCGGGAGCUGUGCAGGAAGAACAUGGUGUGGAAGUACUGCCGGAGCAUCAGCCCCGAGUGGAAGCAGCAGCUGCAGCAAAAGGCCGUGGCGAGUGAGAUCUUCAAGGGCAAGAAGGAUAAUUACCCCCAGAGUGUCCCUAGACUCUUCAUCAGCACACGGCUUGGUGCAGAUGAGAUCAGCCCCAAAGUGCUGCAGGUCCUGGGCUCUGAGCCCAUCCAGUAUGCAGUGCCUGUCGUGAAAUACGACCGCAAGGGCUACAAGCCUCGUUCCCGGCAGCUGCUGCUGACGCCCAGUGCUGUGGUCAUUGUGGAAGAUGCCAAAGUGAAGCAGAGGAUCGAUUACGCCAACCUGACCGGGAUCUCUGUCAGCAGCCUGAGUGACAGCCUUUUUGUGCUCCAUGUGCAGCGUGAGGACAAUAAGCAGAAGGGAGAUGUGGUGCUGCAGAGUGACCAUGUAAUUGAGACACUGACCAAGACGGCCCUCAGCGCCGACCGUGUCAACAACGUCAACAUCAACCAGGGCAGCAUCACGUUUGCAGGGGGGCCCGGCAGGGAUGGCAUUAUUGACUUUACCCCUGGCUCGGAGCUUCUCAUCACCAAGGCCAAGAACGGGCACCUGGCUGUGGUGGCCCCACGGCUGAAUUCUCGGUGAUGAAGGUGCCCACUGGACCCUCUACCACCCCCUCAAUGCUUUGCUUAUCCCCUCCUCCCCUUUCCAGUUACCAAAGACUUGAGCUUCCAGACAGGGACCCAGGGACACCUCAAAGCCCACCUGCAAACUCCUGCCCUCUGCUCACCCCUGUCUUGAGGGAGAAGUGGGGGCCAGGGAGUUAUCCCAGGAGCGGGCCAGGCCGGACAACAGCAAUAGGAAAGCCGGGGCCAGAGUGAGCCAUGCCAGCCCCACCACUGAUGCCAAAUAUUUGAGAGAAGGAAACUUUUGCUGAGGUUUUCUCUGAGAUUUUUUGAUGCUUUAUAGAAAACUAUUUUUUAAGAAAGCCAUUUUUCCCCACCCCAACACCCCAAGACACACCGGAUGUGUUUUCCCUGACUUGGUCAGAGCAGGGAAUGCAGCUGGGAGGUCAAGUGGUCUGGGCUCUGGGGCCCUUUUCUCUGCCCAGACCACCCUCCUCCUUGUUCCCUUGGCACCUUGUUUGUCCAUCUUUGUGUCUGCCUGCUUGCCCACCUGCAUCUUUGCAGCCCACUCUGACCUCCCCCUGGGGGUUGAGACCACCCUCGCCUGCCCUCUUCUUCCUGCCUUAAGAUGCCCUUUCAAUAUCUUCAUCCCAGCCCAAGGGGGUCCUAGAGUGGGGAAAGGAGUCUUAGACCACAGAAUUUGGAAGACUCUGAGCAGUCAUCUAGUCUACCCCUGGUGUUAUAGAGCCGGAGACAGAGGCCCAAAGAGGGGAAGGAUGUGCCCAAGGUCGCACAGCAGGUUGUGGCAAAGCUGGGACUGCAGCCCUGCCCUCAGCACAUCUCACUGCCUCUCCCAGGGACAGGGAGCCCCGUAAAACAUGGGUGAUGCCUUAAGUGUGCAUCUGGCUCCUUGACCAGCAAUUGCCCUGGGGUGCUGCCAGGUGGGAGGAGCACUUCUGCCUGAGUCCACGCCUUAGGAUGACAAAUACCCUGUCCACACACCUCUGCCCGAGUCAAGGGUGUAGGGCCUUUACUGGCCUCUGACUCCCUCCCUGGCCUGGGAGCCUGGGGAAGGGGCUGACCUUGGGAGGAGCUGCAGGGGCAUCACGUCUUUCUGCUGCUUCCCCCCAGAGGGCCUGGGGGCUGCCCAGCAACCUUUGUGCCCUCCUGGGGGUCUCAGCCCACUGCUGACACUUCUGCAAUCCAGAGAAACACUAAAUAAAGCAAUAUGUGUUUGCCAACA